UCAAAAUAAAAUCAACAAACAGGAAAAUUUAGUUGUGUUGAUUUGAAUUUAUUAUGGAAACGAAGAAAUUAAACAAAUUCGACGUUAAAGAUUUCAUCAAGGAAAAUUCCGGAGGGCCCAGAUUACAGUCGCUGCGACUGCCUCGCGAUCUAAGCCUCGGUGGAAGUAAGUUACCAAAAAAAAUAUACAAACCCAAUUUAAAUGUUGUUAGGAACAAAGAGAAAACAAAAGAGGUUUCCAAGAGAGAUAAAGCGGCUAGAGAAAAUCGUCAGUCUCAAAAUAUACAAAAACAUAGAUUUGUACAAUCUACCGGAGUAUUUUCAGAAGGUAUUGGUGAUUUAAAUAGGAUUCCAGAAAAAAAGGUUUAUGUAAAGGACGUUGAAAAACCUCAUAUAAAUGUAAAUAAGACUCCUCCGGUGCCCAAAGAAGCAGAAAAAGAAAUUCCAAAUUAUUUGUUUAAAUUUGAUGAAGCAAGUGACGAGGAUGACUCUAAAGAGAGUAAUCCUGCUUUUGCACCGAUAAAUUGGAACUCGCAAGAUUUAUUAAAAGAAACACUAAAAGAUGAAGUUAAAAAUGAACUUACAGACUUUUCAAGUAAUUUCCAGUGCCAGAAUACCAAUCAAGAAAUCUCUAAUAAGAACCCUACAGUCACAUUGUGGCAGUUACCGGAUUCUUUGGGGAUGCAAAGUAAAACAGAGAAAAAGGUUGUAGAUUGUAAGUUGACGGAUUUACCAGAAGGAAAAAUAGGAAAACUUUGUGUUCGAAGAUCUGGAAAACUCGACGUUUAUAUUGGAAGCAUCAAAUAUGAACUCGAACCAUCCGAACUUGAAACAUUUACAGAGGAUGUAGUUUCAAUAAAUGUUGAAAAUACAGACGGAUCUGUAGCGACAGUUCUAAACAAAAUCCAGAAUAGGUUUUUGUUAAAUCCGUCGUGGCAUAGUCUUUUAAAAUAGUUAUUGGAACAUUAUUUUUCUAAUAAGAUAUAGAAGAAACACAUAUCGACUGCAUAUAUUCUUAAUUUGUUUUAGUAUAUUUUUAUUUAAUUUUUGUUGUAAUG